ACUACAGAUGACGGGGGAGAUUCAGCAGGAUCGUCAUGUCUCCUCCUGUUGAGGAUUAUUACUGCCGCCGGUUUCAGCCCAACACCUUCGACUCUUCCCGCUGCAGCACCUGCCUGCGUCCGGCUCACAUGCACCUCAGCAGCUCACAACAGGAUGGUUCACAAGAAGCUGAUGAUGAUGAUGAUUGCUCCCUGUCCGAGGUGACCACAAGUGCCAGCAGCAGCAGUGAUGACGUCAGCGGUGGUUGGACCUACGAGUGGAGUCUGGUCUACAGUCUGAGUCCUGAGUGGGAACUUGAUAUCUGUGACACUGACAUACAAUCCAGCUCUCCAAAUCAGUGGGACUGUCCAGAGAGGAGUAGAUCCCUCAGCGCAGAGAGGCACCAAAGAGAUAUGACCCGGUUGGACCCUUCUCCUCACCGUGGCACUGAAAGCUCCUGGAUGGAUGAGAGGAGGGGCAGAAACCAGUCCCGCCGGGCAUCAGAGUCCAGAAGAGACAGAGAACAGGAGAGCAGCUACCUCUCUCCUGACAGAAGGGCUGAUGGUGAGCGUCAGGAAAUCAAUAAACGGCAAUAUCGUUACUAUGAAAGGGGGCAUCCCCUCCCCAGCAAUUAUGUUCCGGAGCCCAAAGCCACUGUCCCCUACAGGAACGUCAACCUUGGUGUACCCUCACAGCGGAGAAACCUAGAGACAUAUAUGCUGGAAAGUUGGAGAAGUGAAUCCCCACAGAGGUACACGUACCACUCCAACUUCAGACGAGGAACUGACUCUCAGAUGAAUUCUCCAACACGUCACAGCUCUGUAAGCCCUGACCGAUACAAGUUAACUGAAUCUCCUUUGAGACACCAGAGAAGGAGCUCCCUCUCCAGGAGUCAGACUAGAUCUCACGUCUCAUCUCAUGGCUCCUCUCACUUUCCAUCACACGGUCCUUCUCGGCGUACAUCAGGCAGAUCCAGUCCGUCUCGCAGGAGAGGGUCUAUUGGCUCUCAGGCUGCCUCACCCUCUAGAGUCACUCCUUCUCACAAGCGCACAGAUUCCCUCCAUUUACAGAAUGGUGAAUAUGAAGCACAAAAGGGAUGCAGCCGAGAGUCAGGGAGUCCAUCACAAGCUUCAAACAAACACAGUUUGGACUCUGAGAAGCUGUAUAGGAACCUGGAGUCUAUCUCCCGCCGUGUCUCCUCAGCCAUUCAGCAGAACUCAUACAAGGGAUCUCAAGCAUCUCCUCGAACUAGAACAGCUGUCAACAGCUCGGUCAACACUCGUUCACACAACAGCCGUGAGGUAUCACCAUCUAGGGAUGGCUACGGUACACACAGCCACACCCCACAGAGGGAGCUCUGCUCCAGAGACAGCAGACUCAGCCCUUCUCAAGCCUCCUGGAAGGGGUCCUCACACUCCAUACUCAGCCUCCCACCUUCAUGUGGUUCCUCCACAUCGAGACAGGGUGCAGACUCUCAGGUGCUUGGUGGUUCACUGUCCCAUGUUGCAAUCACAGAAACUGAUAAGGGCAAUGAGGGAAAUGUUCGAGUCAUCGGUGACAGAAGCAGGAGCAACAUAAGGCGAGGGAUGGAGGCCCUGCUGAUCUCUGAACCCAGGAAGGAUACAGUGGAAGUAGAGGAGGUGGUGAUGACGAUGGAGGACUACAUAAUGCUGGCUGAUAUUCCAAAAAUCCAGCUGGAGUCAGAAGAAGAGUUUCCAACACUGAGGAGGCGGAACCAGAGUCCCAGCCCAUGCAGGGACCAGAGGCUCAGGACACCCAGGUAUCAAGAGGAAAUAGACAUCUACAGUUCAAGGCUGGAGUCAGAUGAGAGAGGAAGAGGCAGAGAGAGAGGCCGAGACAGACGAGAGAAAUGUCGGGACUCUGAGAGUGGACGAUCAUCUCGAAGACAGUCAACAGCAUCUCUUCACACACAGAGUUCAGAUAAUCAAAGCAGGAAGCAAAGAUCUUCAGAGGCGAAGGAGCGAGCUCCUCUUGAACGUCCGCAGACACAGGGCUGGAUGUCCAGACUGGAUGAACAUGGCAAGUGGAGGAAACACUGGUUUGUUCUGAUUGAUGCUUCACUGAGGUACUACAGAGACUCAGAGGCUGAGGAGUCAGACGAUUUGGACGGAGAGAUCGACCUGACAUCCUGUGUGAACGUAUCAGACUGUGAUGUGGAGAAGAACUAUGGACUGCAGAUACAAACAAAGAGGGCAGUGUUCACUCUUUCUGCUAUGACCUCCAGAAUACGGCGGAACUGGGUGAAGUUACUAAAGCAGGCGAUCCAUAACAACACACACAAAUCAGGCACCGGCAGCGAGAAAAACAACCCCCUCUCCCGGAGACCGUCGUCAUGCCAACCCCCUGCUCGGUUCACCUGUAAGGACUCCGGCUUUCAACCUCCGAGUUCCUCCACCGCAGCUGCAAACUCCCAUCAGGCCGACCACCAGCACCAGGCUGCAGACAGGGAUCUGGACGCGGACGUGUCUCCGGCCACUCAGAGGGAAGAAGGGGAGGGCUGGGACCGCGAGCAAGCCAAGCGAUUGGAGGAGAGGAACAAGUGGUUUGAGGAGGGGAUCCACUUCGGUGAGAUGGGAAGCAGGUGGGACUUAAUGGAGCUGAAAAAGGGGAGUAUACCUGUGCCUGUAAUUGAAACCAUGGACUCAGAGGUCAACAGGAAGUGGACAGAAUUUGAGAGGCUGUCGUUUAGGGACAUGAGCGCGCAGUCUCUCAUUGGAACCCAGGCUUAUGAGUCAAGCACCCCACAGCCAUCCCAGUCUCUUGUUAGCCCUCAGACUUACCAAUCGAGCCCCGGAGAGGCCGAACAGUCUGUCACCGGGUCGCAAACUGAUACAUCAAGCUCAAAGGGGGCUCUUCCAUCUUUAAACAGUGCCCAAACCAUUCAAACAAAUAAAGCUGAAGCCCUUCAGAAGGAGGCCCUCUCUCUUCGAAAGCAAGUGGAGAGCAUUAAGAGGGAGCGCACAGCCAUGGGGAUAGAGGUGGACAGCCCGUGCAGCCCCGGGGCCCCCUGUAGGGCCAGGCUGGAAGCCAUGGAAGCAGCCCAUCGGAAAGCACUGCAGGAGCUGCAGGAGAAGCACACUCAGGAGAUCAGGGAGCUGGAGGGAGAGAGAGACAAGAUGCUGCAGGAGGAGAGCCAAGCAGCUGCUAAAGCUAUGGAGGCGCUGAGAGCAGCUCACAGAGAGGAGCUGGAGAGAGAGGUGGAAAAGGCCAGGAGGUUGUCUGGGGGAGCCGCACACGUGGACGCUUCAUACAGAGGGCACAUGCCCCAGGCGGACGUCUUGCACAGUGAGUUAGAUGUUCUGUCAGAACGCUACUCUCAGAAGUGCCUGGAGCUGAGCCGCACCGAGCAGAGCAGCAAGAGCAGAGAGACUGAGCUGGGAUGCAAAGAGAGGGAGCUGCGGCAGCUCAAGAGAGAGAACCAGGAGCUUAAGGCCAAGCUGGCGGAAGAGAUUAGCCGCAUGCGUUAUUUCAUCACAGGACAGAGGUCAGACGUGGUGUCUACUGGCAGCACCGAGCGCACUGCUUCGGAAGUAGAGACGCUAUUAAGAGCCAAAGAAAAUGAGGUGCAGUAUCUUAAGAAAGAAAUCAGCUGUCUACAGAGUGAAGUCCAGUCUCUUACUAAGGAUAAGGAGGCAGCUUAUGAGCGUUAUAAAGAGGCCUACGUAGAGCUGAGUGACAUGAAGGGUCGUAGCCAGUUGGAGAAAAUCUCCCUCAAUGAACACUUGAGACUGGCGAAUGCUGCGCUACAGGAGGGGGCGAGAGACACCUGACCGAUGAAGACAACUGUUAGAAAUGACCUUUAAGGACAAAGAAAGUCAGCCAGUAGAAAACAUAAACAAUUAUAUUAUAAGUGUUGUUAUGGUUCUGGCUGAUAAAUUAUUUAGAGAGCUUGUUGUAACUUUUAUGAUUAUGUAUUAAAUGGAAAUCACCAUUGAAAGACUGUUUUCUGUUCAAAUGAAAUAACAACAAGUGUUUUUUUCCAUG